CUUGCAUGAACCAGAAGGUUGUCGGCAUGGUGAACAAGCCAAAAAAACACGGAUAUGGACCACUGAGUCUGUCGCAGGCUGGGGUAGCCUCAGUCCAGGGCUACGUAGCCCCUGUACUCAUAUAUUGCAUCAUAGCAAACCUAGGCUUUGAUCCAGGAGUAACGCCCGGAGGUCAAUAGGGGCGACAUAUAACAUGCGGCUAGCUAAGCCAACAUCGCUGUUGCCGCACUCCAUCAUCACACCAAAAAUAUGGCCCUCACACAGUUUCUCUACGACCCAUUCACUGAAUUUGAUCGUCUUUUUGACGAAGCUUUUACCUCGCGCUUCCGGCCUGACUCCGACGAGUCUCGUCCCACAACAAUCCGCCCCAAGAUGGACCUCGUUGAAACAAAAGACAAUGUCAUGGCGAGGUUUGAACUCCCCGGUAUGGAUCAGCGGGACGUUAACGUUGAAGUUCGUAAUGACCGCCUGACCAUCUCGGGCGAGAAGAAAAUCCAGACUGACGAGGGUCGGUUUGUGGUGCGCGAGCGCUCUUUCGGACGCUUUGCUCGAAACCUGCAGCUCCCUGAGGGAACUAAGCCUGAAAGUGUUCAGGCACAGAUGCAGAAGGGUGUCCUGGAGGUCACCUUCCCGAAAGCGCCUCCGGAGCAGGAGACCAAAACCAUUCCUAUUCAAGGUUCGAAGCCCACUCAGUCCACCCCUCCUAUUGGACAUAGCAAGAAAUAAAUCGAGUUUGGAGCAAUCGAGUUUGAAAAUUCAGUACUCUUAGCUUUCUCUACAUACAUCAAUAUUUGUAUCUAUCAGUAGCAGCUCAUAUCUAAAAAACAUUAUGUAUGAUAGCAUGAUUAACCUGACUUGGCA